CUUCAUACUACACGCACCACCCUUCAUCACAAUGCAACUCCAAUCGUCCCUCGCAAUGGUCGCACUAGCCCUGACUGUCGCUGUCAAAGCCGACUUCCAGAUCUACAAAGUGGAUGGCUACGACGUCCUGGGCGCUGAAUGGGAUGGCUGGCAGGUCUUCGAUGGAGAACCCAGCUGCGACGAUGUCAACAACCAGUACAGAAGUCUCGGCAACUCCGCGGAUGUCUCUGGCACCCCAGGCAUUCGAUGCAAAGGAUGCGGCGAUGGUGCCACCGAGGACGACAUCACUGAGCUGGAGAUCAACGGCGAUGACUGGGGUCACUACACUAUCUACAAGGACAGGGGCUACGUGCUUGAGCCUGCGGGUGGCGGUGCAACUGCGGGAUCCUGCACAUACGACACCGGCGACGAGUUCACCUGCACCGGAGCUGUGACUUCUAGCGGCAAGAGAGCGUUCAAGUGCACUUCUGACUUGAGCGGCAUCAGGGCCAGGGGUGCGUAGGGUUGACAUGAGGUGCUGGACCUGCUGGUCGAUCAUUUUGUUGGCAGAGAUUGGAACAGGAAGAAGACAACAACACUCUUUUGAACU